CCGAGGACUGACAGAGAGACUGCAAUAUGGCGAGAAUGCCUGGCAGCGGAGAUUGCUUCACCGACGCAGAGGGGACCGAAAAUGAACAAAUGAGUAACCUGGAGAAAAGCGAUGAGGAGGAGGAGGACGAGAUUCAAGAAAUACAGAUAACGGGUGAUGAGGAAGAUGAGGAUGAGGAAGACGUGGGACUGGAGUGGGAGGCAGAGAGUGUGGACCCCGAAAACGGUUCUGCUGUGGAGACGGAAGCGGUCCUUAUGCGGAAUACGGACCGGUGCAGUGAGCUGGACUCGGUGACAGACCCGUUUCACAUCCCCGGGCUGGACUCGGAGCUUGAAGGCGAUCUCCAUCGGUCGGACCGAUCGAGACUGAGUGAGAACACUCGUUUAGCCACCAGGUAUGCGGUCAGGAUCUUCCGGGAAUACCUGAGCGAAAAAUCCCAAAGUCCCGACUUUGAAACUAUGGACAAGGAGGCGCUGUGCAAGGUGCUCAGGUCCUUCUAUGCAGAGGCGCGUUCAAAGAGUGGGCAGCUGUACAGCAAGUCCUCUCUAAUCAGUAUCAGGAGCUCUCUGAACAGGUACCUGAAUGAGCCGCCUUACUGUCGCACUCUGGAUCUCACCAAAGAUCCCGAACUGAGGAGUGCUAACCUGACGCUGGCAGCGGUGAUAAGAAAGCUGGAAGAACAAGGUGCGGGUCCCGUCGUGCAAAAACAAGCAAUAACCAGGGCUGACUUGAGGAAACUGUACACGUCCAGCGUGUUUAACACGAACACGCCUUUCGGUUUGUUAAACAAAGUGUGGUUUGAGACCUGCAUGUAUUUCUGCACCAGAGGAAGGGAGAACCAGCGAGAGCUUGAGGAGGACUCGUUCGGACUCGCGAUUGAUGAAGAUGGAAGAAAGUUUAUAUACUUCAAAGCGCUGGGGCCGUAUCACAAAUCAAGAUCAGCGUCAUGGAGCAAAAAAAGAACAGACACUGACGACGACAAUUUGCCCCGCAUGUACGAAACUGGCACGGAGUUCUGUCCUUACGCGAGCUUUGUGAAAUAUAUUUCUAAGCGGAAUCCGCUUUGCAAGGCUUUUUUUCAGAGACCGCGGGAUCAUUGCAGUGAGAGUGACAUGACCUGGUACGAAAACAAAGCGAUUGGCAAAAACCUUCUGGGCACGAGGAUGCAAAUGUUAUCGAGGGCUGCGAAGCUGUCAAAGACGUACACGAACCACUGCAUCGGUGCCGUCUCCAUUGCGACUUUGAACAGCAUCGCUGGCAUCGGGUCAAAGUUAGCGCCUCUCCACGUUGCUCCGGAAACGGCCAAUGGGACCCAGCAUCAUUUCCAACUGGUGGUCCCCUAUGUGAACCAGAUAGACGAUGGCUUAGAAAUUAAACCGCACAAAGCGACAAAACGGCCGCGGCCAAUCUACCCGGUAGAUGUAUCCGGACCGGCUUCCCCUAAAAAGCUUUGCGUGCGACCAGUGGAGCGCGAUGAUUCCCCCAGCGUGGUCGCUGUGAGAACUGACCCACAGCCGUCUGCUCUACACGAGUCAAAUGGGCAGACUGUCACUCCUUCGCCGGCUAUUGUACUGCCAGCGCAGGAUAACCGAGCCAAUAUGUCCAGACCCAUGAUAACCAGAUCGCCAGCCUCUCCUCUGAGCAGCCAGGGAAUACCAACUCCCGCACAACUCACCAAGUCCAACGCCCCUGUGCACAUCGACGUGGGCGGUCACAUGUACACCAGCAGCCUCGCCACGCUAACGAAGUACCCCGAGUCCAGAAUUGGCCGGCUCUUCGAUGGCACAGAGCCCAUCGUGCUGGACAGCCUUAAACAGCACUACUUCAUCGACAGAGACGGCCACAUGUUCCGGUACAUCCUCAACUUCCUCAGGACCUCCAAACUCCUCAUCCCCGACGACUUCAAAGACUACAGCCUGCUGUAUGAGGAGGCGCGGUACUUCCAGCUGCAGCCCCUGCUGGCGGAGAUGGAGCGCUGGAGGCAGGAGAGGGAGCUGGGCCGGGUGUCGCGACCCUGCGAGUGCCUGGUGGUGCGCGUGGCACCCGACCUGGGCGAGAGGAUCACCCUCAGCGGGGACAAGGCGCUCAUCGAGGAUGUCUUCCCUGAGAUCGGCGAUGUCAUGUGCAACUCGGUCAACGCCGGCUGGAACCACGACUCCACGCACGUCAUCCGCUUCCCACUCAACGGCUACUGCCACCUCAAUUCUGUCCAGGUUCUGGAGCGGCUACAGCAGCGCGGGUUUGAGAUCGUGGGUUCCUGUGGAGGGGGUGUGGACUCCUCUCAGUUCAGCGAGUACGUCCUGAGGAGAGAAAUCCGGAGGGGGCAGCGCGGGCCCUCUGUCAUCCGGAUAAAACAGGAGCCGCUGGAUUAGAGGCCGCCCCUCAACAGGCUCCGCCCCCACAGAGCACUACAAAAAACAGCAGACGUUUCAAAAGGCAGCCAGUACUCGACACCGUGGACUCCUACUUUUUUUUUCUUUUCUUUUUUAUUGCAUUGACUUUGAAUCUGGAGAACCACUGAGGGAAUGAAACAAAAAAACUAUACAUGAAUUUAUUACUGAAAGACUUCACUAAGAACAUCUCACGAAAUUCUGAACCUUCUGGAGUUUUGUGAUUGACAAGCUCAAGAAGCCCUACCCUUCUACUAAGAUUUUAUUCCCAGAAUUCCCAGAGUCCAGAGUAAAAAGUUUGUUUUAAAACUUUGAGGAUGCAUCUCAUAAAAAUGUCCUUACAACUUUGAGCAGGUGUAUUGCAGAGGACUGGUAUCACAGUCUAAAUCAAUGCUUCCUCUACAUUUUGACUGCAUUAUAUCAAUAUAAAAAGAUGACUACAGUCAGUGGAUAAACUCUGGAAAACUGUGAACAUAUUGGCAUUUUCAUUAACUUCAAAUAAUC